UCGUUUUCGUUUUGAUUAUUACGUUUCCCAUAAUUUUGGAAAAAAUGGCGACCGGAGGUCCAAGUGAAAACACAUCCAGCAAUGGCAGUAGUCCAGAAACAGACAAAGACUUUGAUCCAUCUGCAGACAUGAUGGUUCAUGACUACGAUGACGAACAAACACUAGAAGAGGAGGAAAAUUUGAGUGGUGGCGAAAGUGUAGCUGCUGAGUUAAAUGAUUUGGAAAAGGAAGGCGAUAUGCCUAUAGAGCAGCUACUGGCCAUGUACGGGUAUGGUGGGCAGCCUGGAAAUGAAAGUGGAAACACCAGCGACCUGUCAAACGACUCCCAAAGCCAGGAUACACGGUCUUCAAGUGAGGAGGAGAUAUUAAGCAAUCAGGACCUCACCCUGGACAAGGAAGAGAUAGCCCGGGAUCUGCUGUCCAACUCUGAUGAGAAUGAAGAUAAGGAAACAGAUGUACAGGAACUCCUGGAGACAGUUGCCUCAUCUCAGACAGCCAGGCUUCUCAGAUCGCGCAGCCAGCCAGGAAGUGAGGACAGUGACUCAGAAGAAGACCUCGAUUAUAAGCCAGAGGAGGAGUGGAAAAAGACAAUCUCAGUUGGUUCAACAUACCAGGCCGUGGUGCCAGAAGGCCUAUGCAAGUAUGGGGAUGCCCCUGCAUAUGAGAACGAAGACAGACUACUUUGGGAUCCCAGCAAGAUGGAUGACUCUGAAGUUGAGAAAUACCUAGAGGAUAUCCACCUACAGUCACUACAGACUUCAGUGGGGGUGAAUGCAGUACCCACAGGGGCACAUGUACGAGACGAUGAACAGGCCCUGUACCUGCUACUACAGUGUGGUCACAAUAAGGAGGAGGCAUUGAGACGUCGGAAAAUGCAGGCAGUCCCAGCCACAGAUCCCAUGAGUUUGUGGUCGGAAGAAGAAUGCAGUAACUUUGAAACAGGACUUCGAUUUUAUGGGAAAGAUUUCUACAUGAUCCAUCAAAACAAAGUGAAAACACGGUCAGUAGGAGAAUUGGUCCAGUUCUACUACCUCUGGAAAAAGACGGAGAGACAUGACAUAUUUGCCAACAAAACUAGAUUGGAAAAACGAAGAUAUACAUUACAUCCUGGUGUCACGGACUACAUGGAAAGAUUCAUCGAUGACCAGGAAACACCACCUCCCCCGGUGUCCUCAAGGGAUAGGUCAGCCAGCCCUGUCCACUCCCUGUUAUAUGGGGACCCAAAAAGGGGCCACUUGAAGCCCCAUCCUGACCAUGGGUCGGGGGUCGCUUUAGGGAAUUCUGGAGUGCUUCCCGCUGCUUCAACACACUUCCAGGCCAUUCUUACAGAGGCAGAUGUUAAUACUGCUACAACCACCAUCCCAACUAUGGAUUCCAGAGUGCUCAACCCUGCUGCUGAAAAAGGUUUUCCACCUCUAACUAAUGGAAGCUCAGAAACUGACUCAGAAUAUGUUCCACCUUUCAAAAAGUCUAAAAUGAAUGGUCCGCCAGAUUUCAGGGCAGGGGAUGGAAUAAAUGAUCUCCACUCGAGCACAGCCUCUUCUGACGCACAAAAUCAUGUAGACUCUUUAGCUAUUACCUCAGUAGUCAAGAUGACAGACAUUUCAUGCAGUAAACCUAGUGAAAGUUUUGUUCCAGUGACUAAAAUUUUAGACGUGAAAUCUGUAGGGAUUACUAGUGUAGAAAUGUCACAUACUCGGAGCGCUGAAGUUACACAGUGAAAGUAUAUUCCAAAAUCCAUCCAUGUAUUAAGUAUGUUACAUGUAGAUCAUCUGUUCAGGAAAUUUCUUGCUGUUCUCAAAAAAUGAUGAAGAUUUGGCAAAAUGUGCAAUAUUGUUUAAAUUAACAAGAAAAAGAAAUGUAAACACUUUCAUGCCUUAUAUUGUAAAUACUUUCUUUCUACUAUAUGAAGUGUGUAUAUUCUUCAGCUGCUUUUUUAUAUAUAUUUUUUUUACAGCUAUUACAUGCAUUGAUCAGACAAACAUGCACUAAAUUCCUUAAUUUGAAACAUCCUUAAAUUAUUGGAGCUCAUACAUUAGUCAAAAUGACACAUUUUUCCCGAUCAGAGAGGCCAACUUCCCAAAAUCUUGAGAAAAAAACAGUUUUGUGUUUUGGAAAAAGACUAGAAUAUAGUAAAAAGAACAAUGUCAACAAUAUGGCAUAUCAGCAAGAUAUUUUAUUGAGGAGUAAUUUCAUUUGUUCAGUGUCUGCUAAUAAAUAAAAGGUGCGAUAUUUAAAGUGACACUCUUAUUCAAAAUAAACUCAUACCCAUGUAUAAGGAACAUACAUUUUAAGCGAUAAACCUUUAACUACUUACUAAAUAAUACAUAUAUGGAAAGUAUAACUUACUGAUAGCACGAUUGUUAUCGUGUAUUAAAUGGCUAAAAACGCAAAAAUAUUAAAUGAUUGGUGAAUGCUAAAAGAUUUCCUGUGAUUAACAAUAGUCGUAUCAGGUUGGAAUACCGUGUUUCCUGCAACUUUCUUUCAAAUCUAACUCGGUAUCCUUCAUAAGAACCAUUGUUUUGACAUUUAUUCAUCCUUUUUGGUAUUUUUAAACAAUCGUAUUAGUUAUGGUAAAUCUUACAUGGGUAUAAGAGUGCAUCUUUAAUCAAUUUUAUGCCAAAUAUGGCCCACAAUUGGCGAGAUAUAAGAUUGUUUUCAAAUUUUUGAAAUCAUAUUUGGAAAAAAAUACUUUUUUAGCAUAAGUAAUUUAGCGGAAUAAUGCCUGUGACAUUGGUCGGUAAAAGCCCUGUUUUUAUGCCCCCACAAAGUGGCGGCAUAUAGGGUUGCCCUUGUCCGUACGUACGUACGUACGUACGUACGUACGUACGUACGUCCCGAAGAUUGUUUCCGAUCUAAUUCUUGAAAACCGUUUGUCCAAUCCUCACCAAACUUUAAACACAUGUUUGUGACCAUAAUAUCUUGAUCAAGUUCGAUAGCCAUGGAAAUCGCUUUAGUCAUUUAGGAGUUACGGCCCUUUUUUGCCAAAAAUUCCCGAAGAUUGUUUCCGAUCUAAUUCUUGAAAACCGUUUGUCCAAUCCUCACCAAACUUUAAACACAUGUUUGUGACCAUAAUAUCUUGAUCAAGUUCGAUAGUCAUGGAAAUCGCUUUAGUCAUUUAGGAGUUACGGCCCUUUUUUGCCAAAAAUACUUCAAAAAUAUAUGUUUCCAAUCUAAUUCUUGAAAAGUAUGUGUCCAAUCCUCACCAAACUUUACAUACAUGAUUGUGACCAUAAUAUCUUGAUCAAGUUCGAUAGCCAUGGAAAUCGCUUUUGUCAUUUAGGAGUUACGGCCCUUUAUUUGCAAAAAAAGACUUGAAAAAUACGUCCCGAAGAUUGUUUCCGAUCUAAUUCUUGAAAACUGUUUGUCCAAUCCUCACCAAACUUUUAACACAUGUUUGUGACCAUAAUAUCUUGAUCAAGUUUGAUAGCCAUGGAAAUCGCUUUAAUCAUUUAGGAGUUAGGGCCCUCAGAUUAUCCUGAAUAAUCAUUAUGGCUUAUUUUCUGUGACAAAAAAUCGAAGUGGGGGCAUCCGUGUCCUAUGGACACAUUUCUAGUUUAAGAUCUCUUAGUAGGGCGCUUGAAAAACUUCACAAUAUUACAUAGACAGUAUUGAAAGAAAUGAAAAACUAUUGAGCAUAAUGAUGUAAAACAUUAACAGUGUGAUAGUUUUUGACCAUUACUAGCAUUGUCAAAGAUUUUUGCUGUAAAUGUAAAUUGUUUUGAAAGAAAAAUUUAUUAGCAGGCAUGAUUAAAAUAUCAUACAAAUCUCUGUACCAGGUUAUUGUUGCCUGUAGAGUUGUAGCCAGGUUUUAAAAAGAGCAGGAUGCUGCAGAACAGGGGAUGGAUGCUUAGGGAGAAAAAGGCAUGUCAGGCUGUGAAGAAUUUACACAUUAUGAAUUUUACUGAAAAUGUUUGAAAUUCUUCUUUAAAUGAUUGAAGUUUAAAUCUUAGUUUGGAAAUGCCAAAUAUGUAAAAUUCAUAGUGUUUGUAUGAUUUUAUAAUCAUAUUUUGGUUUUAACCAAAACAAAAGAAAUAAUUCAUCUUUUAGCAUUUAAUUCUAUGAAGAAGGUGGGUAUGCAUGUUGGUGUCCAUGAAGGCGGAAGGGUUCUACCGAAAAGGACAGGGUGCAGCACCCUUCCAUAACUCUAUGCCUGGUACAUAUAUGAUGACAUGAUUUGGUUGAGAAAUUGUUCACAGUCUCACCCUGUUUUAUACUGUCAGUUGGGAGAUUUCAUUGGAGAAGUAAUAACUUACAAUUUUAUUUCAUAUUCCUAAACGUGAUUCAAGAAAAGGACAUGAUAAGUUUUCCAUAUUUGUUUUACAUAUCAGUAUCACGUUUUACUUUGGGUAAUGUGCAAAGAAUAGGUUUUAAUGAGCGGUCACAAGUAAUGAAAAGUUUGUUUGGGUUACUAGACCUUUCUUAAGGUUUUCACAUGAGGAAAGACUGCCUUAACCACCCACACCUCAAAAAGUGGGUGGGGUACUGUAAUGUCAAUCAAACUAUAUUUUAAAUGUGGCCGAAAACCUAACAAUUUUGUUUCAUUUAUUGAGAAAAACAACCAACAAAGAAGCUACCAUAUCUUGAAACUAUAAUAAAUAACAAAGAUAAAAUUCACAUUUUAUGUGUUAGAUUCAUGAAUAGUUUCAAACUCCUGAUCCUUAUUUUUAUUUAUGUAACUGGAUACAGAUCAAUGAUCUUAUUUCUGCUGGUGUAUAGAUAUGUUUAUUUUGACCAGAUGAAGUGUUCAGUUUGUUCAGAUGAUGAGGUUGCUUCUGAGGCUUGUUAUAAAAUCCGGGUGCUUUAAGGAUGAAUGUUGUAUGAAAUGUUUGUUACUCCAAAGUAUGAUUAAUUGUGUUGUCCUCUUAAUAUUGUGUUACCAUUGAUCAAAAGGAAUUUAAUGAGGAAAGAGUGGCCAAAAUGACUUGUCUGUUGUUGUUGUUGUUGUUGUUUAGAAAUAGUUGAGGUAAAUGUCUUGGCCUUGGUGUUGUGGUCUGCAGCUUUGUCCAAAAAUUAAACCUUGGUCAUAACUUGAAAAUUGUUCAAAAUAUUUCAGUGAAACUUGGUACACAUUUUGCAAUACAAUUUAAUAUGUCCAUUGUGUAAAGCAAGGCACAUAACUCUUGGUUGAAUUAUUGUUGAGCUAUUCCCCUUGUUGACUUGAGCAGAACAGGUGCUGUGAAUGAUUCAAAUGUUGAAUUGUACGAACCAACAAAUGAAAGCAUUUUGGGCAAUCUGGCCUUAUUAAUGAAUUAUUUAAUCAUGUAUGACUUCCAUUCUAUGAAUGAAGUACUGUUAAUUGUUUUGUUUGUUUAAAUGAGUAUGCAUCGUCUACAGAGAAUGUUGUUUGUUUGUAGCAUCAACGUUUAUAGAUUUAACGUACAGAAUCCAUUCUUUAUCAUUAUUUAUUGACACUAAAUUGUGUUACAUGACAAAAGAGAAAAUAUAUGUUUUUACUGAAA